CAGGCGUGCGAGGCCAGUGUGGAAACUCCACCACCGUGUUGCAGCAUCUAGCGCUUUUACCCGCCGCCGUUUGCGUUGCGUCGUUUCGAUCGAACCGCACACGUUUCACCGCAGUCCACCUUCCGUCGACGAUUCAGUAGCAGCGCGUCCGCCGCACGCUUGCAUCGCUCGUUGGUCUAAAUUUACGAAUAAACAAUAUCAACGCGUCCGUGUCGUGGACCUGAUCCAUUGUCCUGCUUUCAAAUAAGAGUAAAAUGCCGAACCACGUAUUGGAGUCGUCGCCGAACGCGGCCCUCAAUAAGUCCAUUAUCAACCGAUUUAUGGACCUCCCGAUGCCGGAUGGCAAAUGUCAAGCGAUGUACAUUUGGAUCGACGGCACCGGAGAGAAUCUGAGAGCGAAAACCAGGACGUUGGACUUUGUGCCGCAGAAACCCGAGGAACUUCCGGUUUGGAACUACGAUGGCAGUUCUACGUAUCAAGCCGAAGGAGCCAACUCCGACACGUAUUUGCAUCCAGUUGCUAUCUACAGAGACCCCUUCAGACGCGGCAACAACAAAUUAGUUCUCUGCGAAACCUUCAAGUACAAUAACAAACCGACUGAAACAAACAAAAGAAAUAUGUGCAAAAAAGCGAUGGAUUCCGCUGCUGACGCGAUACCAUGGUUCGGAAUUGAACAAGAAUACACCCUGUUGGAUAUGGACCUGAGGCCCUUCGGCUGGCCAAAGAACGGUUUCCCAGGCCCACAAGGCCCCUACUAUUGCGGAGUUGGUGCUAACAAAGUUUACGCUCGUGAUAUUGUCGAAGCUCACUACCGCGCCUGCCUGUACGCCGGCAUCAACAUUUCUGGCUCGAACGCCGAAGUGAUGCCAUCUCAGUGGGAAUAUCAAGUUGGACCGUGUGAAGGUAUCGACAUCGGUGACCAGUUGUGGGUGUCGCGUUUCUUGUUGCACCGUGUUGCCGAAGAGUUUGGCGUGGUCGCCACCUUGGACCCCAAACCAAUGCCAGGAGACUGGAAUGGCGCCGGCGCGCACACCAAUUUCUCCACCAAGGCUAUGCGCGAGGAUAACGGAAUUAUUGAAAUUGAAAAGGCCAUUGAUAAAUUGAGCCGCAACCAUUUGAGACAUAUCCAAGCCUACGAUCCCAACCAGGGUAAGGACAACGAACGCCGCCUUACCGGAAAACACGAAACGUCGUCUAUCCACGAUUUUAGCGCAGGCGUUGCCAACCGUGGAGCCAGUAUUCGUAUUCCGCGCGGUGUCGCCGAAGAUAAGAAGGGCUAUUUGGAAGACAGAAGACCGUCGUCUAACUGUGAUCCGUACUCUGUGACUGAAGCCAUCGUCAGGACCUGCAUUUUGGACGAAUAAACGCGUUUUUUACACGAUCGUACAAUAUUUACACAGAACUAACACCAAUAUAUAAGUAACCAGGACGGAAACAAACAACAAGUACAUAUAAUAUAAUUAUUAAAAUUUCAAUUAAAAUAUUGGAUCGCCGAUAACUAAAAUUUUCUACUGUAACUUAUACACUCACACUAUUAUAUUGUUAACGACGUUAUUAUCUACCAACAGUGAGAAAUGUUAUCACUGCAGCGGGAAACAAAUGCCGAGCACCUAAAACUAGCCUAAAUCAUUCGUGAUGCUCAAACAAUUUAUGUCACAAGAUGAAUUUGUGUCUAUUGAUAUAUGUGACCAAAAAUUUUCGCGACAAAUUGCGACGUUAUUUCAAAAGAUACAAAAUUUAUAGACACGAAAUGCUUGUGAACAUUUCAAAACUGUCGAAAUUUAUUAGAUGCAGUAUGCGGAGAUUAGUGCUAAUGACACACCACGAUAAAUGAAUACAUUUCAUAAUAUUUUUCUAUGCAUACAAAACGUAUAACGUUAGUAUUCUAAUUAAAUUAAAUAAAAUAGCAUAUCAUUAAGUAGAUUUAGGCAUUUCUAUAAUAUAUUUUUACAAUUAUUUUAACGCAAACGAAGAGUUAUGUUUCAGCUGAUUUUAAAAUUUAAUGUUAUCAAAUUGCAGUCAAUUUUAAAGUCCGUUUCAUUGUAAUAUUUAUAUUAAAUGUGCAGUAAAUGAGUUAAUAAAUAAUUUUAUCCUGCGCUAGAUUGCAAGUGUCCCAAACACACACACACACACGUAGUUGGUGUAUGGUAUUAUUCUGUAUUUUUUGGUAUAUUGAUUUAAUGCGCACUUAGCUAUUGAUUACAACAACAAACAAUGUUAAUAUUGAUUCAAUGGUGUGUAUGUCGUCAAUUUAUAUGUUAUUACUCUAUUGUUGCAUCGUAGUAGGACGUAAAAUAUUAUGAAUUAUGAUAGUAUAUUUAAUAGUUAAAUGAUUAUUGUUAUAUAGUGAGAGACGACAUUAUGCAAAUUAAUCUAACGGAGAAAAGCGACGAAUAUAUCUAUAUUUGUUAAUAAAA